GGGAACACAGAGGUGUGGAGGCACAUGGCAUCAGUUGGGCAGCACAGGACCCCUGAGGUCGGCGGUCUCCCUCUUCAUACUCCUAUGCCUUCCAUGCCACAGUCCCCUACCAAGUUCCUCUACUGAGACCACUUGCACGAGUUGAUGAAGUCACCAGAAUGACACCUCCUACCAGCUGGGCAACCUUGGACAGGAUUUUCUCAGCUCCUUCAUGUACUUGUUUUGACACUUCAUAACCUCCCAUAAUCUUGACCCCCCCCCCCCCCCCCAAAUCCUAUCUCUGUCAGGAAGCCUUUCCUGACCUCACCGCUUCAUGUGAUUUAGGUGGGUGUGGAGGUUGGGGGUGCCUUGUCCUGCAGAAGGCUGGGCCACCUCUCACCAUAUUCAUUUCUCUCUCCCUCUUGACCUCCCUUCCUUUCUUCCCCCAAAUUCAGGAUUUGUCCCUAAAUUCCCAGGGCUGCGUUCUCCCAGUAGUCCUCUCCACCACUAGGUAGGGAUUUUCCUGGGGUCUGGGAAAGCCUUUGGAUAUGACAGGGGCGGAUGCCUCUAGGGACCCAGCGGGGCCUUGCCUCGUAGGUCCCAAAGGCCAGGCCAGGGACCAGGGACACUGAACUGCCGGAUUGGUCCAUGGGGCCGGAGGUGCGGUCCGGCCCCCUGGUUGCCAGGGCCCUGUGCGUGUUGUGGUGGGGAGGCCAGAUGCGUGACCUCGAGGGAUUCCCGCCUCCCUUCCCCAUCCCCUCGGGUUCGGUCUCGCGUGCUCCUGCGCCUCCCCUUCCUCCAAUGCGCGCCUCUCCCUAACCCGAAGCGCGCUCCCGCCACCUUCCUGGGCUGGAUCUGGCGCGUGCGCCCCUCGUCUUCUGAGCCCGCGGUCGAGGGGCGGGCCCGGCUCCGGGCGCCACCGCCCCGCAGCCCCCUUUCCUCGCUGCCAUACAACCCCACCCCAGGCGACCCUGCGUGGAUGUGCGGGAGGCCGAGUCGGAGGUGCGGGAUGGACAAGAGAGACAAGGCCAGGGCAGGGGCCGCUGCGCGGACGACGGCUUCUCACCCUCCGGGACGUCGGAAAACCCCCAGACCCCCAGCGUCUCCUCGACCCCCUCCACCAGUAAUCCCCACGGCCCUCAGAGUUCUGGGAGCAGGGGGAGCUGCGGAGCGAGGGCCCCUGGCCGAGCGAGGGGCCGGCGUAGCUACUUCCGCGGUGGAACCCACGCGGAGCACCGGGACAAGCCCCAGCAGCCCAGCCACGAGGCUCUCAGCGGCGGGGAGAGCGGAGCGGACCCCGGCCAAGAUCCCUGGCCCAGGCUCUAUCUCUAACCCUGGACGAGCCAGCGGUACCACCAGGCUAGGCCCUCUUGGGCAGAAAGGACUCCGGCUCCCAGCUGAGGAACCUAGGGGCAGAGGAAAAACCCCAGAAACUCCCAGAAUGAGUGCCCUGAGUGUGGAGACACGGAGAGACUCUUCCGGUCCCACCCCAGGCGCUCCUUUCCCAGCCAUCUCCCAUCGGUCUCGGGGUGGGGGUGCUGAUGUGGGACUCCCUCGGGCAGCUUCCAAUGCCCGGCCACGACCCCUGGCGGAAGCCCCCAGGAAAUCAGUGAGCAAUGCCCCGGAGCGCAGCACCGUGGAGCCGAGCCCUGCUGCCAGGAGACGACCCAGCUCCUGCGGGGGCCUCCAGAGGCCAGCCUCACGCCUCCUGGGCUCUAGCGCCACCCCUUUGUCCUCCCCAGCCCGCUCCCCGGCCUCGCUGGGUGGAACACCCCGGGCUCUGGGGCACUCCUCGCAGGCCAAGUCGAAAGGGCUGCAGGCUCUGCGCCCCCCACAGGCCGCACCCUCAAGGAAGGGCGCAGCCACCCUGCAGAGCCUUUCUCCCCCUUUGGCCACUUCAUCUCCACGGAUUCAGACCGCACAACUGGCACCGCCUGUCCUUAUCACAGCCACUACUCUGCGGGACACACCCCUUACAUCUCCACCCGCCACGCCUCCUUCGCAGGCCCUUACGGGUCCUCUGGCCACGUCCUUUCCACUAGCUCCUCCUCCCUCUGCUUCAACCUCUCUGCAGAACCUCCCCUCUCCGCCAGCCACACUCCCUUUACAAACUCCACUCAUACACCUGAGUACAUCCUUUCCAGAGGCACCCGGCUCUCCCACGGCCACUCUUCUAGCUCCAGUCUCUCCUUCAGGUUCACCUCCUCUGCAGAGUACGUCCCCUACCCAGGUUUCUCCGGCUUUGCCCUCUCUUCCGACUCUCCCCUCUCCCUUGACCACACCACCUUCGUCAGCUGGUCUGCCACCAGCCACGCCCCCUCCACGAGUCCCUCUUUCUCAGUCAAGGUCUCUGCGGAACUUACCCUCUCCCUUAGCCACAGCCCCUCUGCAGGACUUUUCUGCGCUGACCACUCCCCCCGCACUGGCCAGCCCUCUGUCUCCGCCCCAUCUUCAGCCCUCGGCCUAUACACUGGCCUUACCUCCCACGCAGGACCCUCUUCUGGCCAUAGCCCCUCCGCAGGCUCCUCCUCCUUCACUGGCCACGCCCCCAAUGCAGACCCCACCUCUGACCACGCCCCCUCUUCAGGCCGCUCCCUCUUUGGUCCCGCCUCUUCUACGGGCCCCACCUGUUCUGGCCUCACCAGCUUUGCGAGCCCCUGCCCUGGACACGCCCCCUCCACAGAGUCCAUCUUCUCUGGACACACUUUCUCUACAGGUCUCUCCCUCUUCUCAGACCCUGUCCCCUCUACAGGUCUCGCUUUCUCUGGCCUCACCACCUUUGCAGGCUACUCCUGUUCCGUCCAAUCCUUUCCUGGCUAUGGCCCCUGUGCAAACCCAAACUCUGGCCUCGCCUUCUCUGCAAGACCCUCCCCCUCCAAUGGCCACGCCCCCUCCUCCGGCUCCACCUUCUCUAGUUUUGUCCCCUCUGCAGGCUCUUCCCUCUCCCCCUGCCUCACCCCCUCUUCAGACUCCACGCCGCCCCCCAACCCCGGGUCCCGAUGCCCCGAUCCCGGGCCCACGGUUGACCCUGGCGCUGGCGUCGGCCCCGCCGCCACCGCCCUCGCGCAGCCCGUCCAGUACUCUGAGCGGCCCGGACCUGGCGGGCCACAGCAGCAGCGCCACGAGCACCCCGGAGGAGCUGCGCGGCUACGACAGCGGGCCGGAGGGCGCCGCAGCCUCCCCACCCGCCGACGCGGAGCUCGCCGCCUGCCAUCCGGCCGCCUGGAGCCGAGGGCCCGCUCCGCCGCUGGCCGCCCGCCGCACCCCGGGAGUGCCCCUGCCUUGGCCUCCAGCUGCCGGGCCUGGCUCUGCUGACGGCCUGUGCACAAUCUACGAGGCUGAAAGGCCUGAGCCGGCGACCGCCGCCCAAGGAGCGCUGGAUCCCGGGUCCGGACCCGGCGCGGGUGGUGGGAAGGUGGCGGCCGGGACAGGGACGCGGGUGGCCUCGCGCGGCGUGAAGCCAGCGCGCCUGGGCGAGCUGCCACUGGGGGCUCUGCAGGCGAGCGUCGUGCAGCACCUGCUGAGCCGGACGCUGCUGUUAGCGGCGACGGAAGGUGCCCCUGGCGACAGCGGCUGUGGCCCCGGGAGCGCUGGGGGUGGUGGCAGCGCGGGCGGCGCCCGGACUGCGCUCAGCGAUGCUGAACUGGGUCGCUGGGCCGAACUGUUGUCUCCUCUGGACGAGUCCCGCGCCAGUAUCACUUCUGUCACCAGCUUCUCCCCGGACGACGUGGCUUCUCCGCAGGGUGACUGGACCGUCGUGGAGGUGGAGACCUUCCACUGAGUCAGAUUCUUCUAACUCCGCCCACCACACGCCACCCCCGCCUUAGCAUCCGACCCUCCCGUUACACCUCUUGGUCCCUGGCCUCCUCCUUCUGGAAUCCAGGUCUCCGUAGAAUUUUGGCCCAAAUUCGCGACCCACCCACACCUUUUGCCAAGGCCGUCCCCUCGAGCUUCGCCCCUUUGGCCUGGGACACGCUCCCCAGGAGCCCCGCUUCCUCCCCCAUCCCAUGUGUAUAGUUUGCAAUAAAGCCGGGACACUGCC